AUUAUAGCGACAUCUAUUAUUAAAAUAGCUUGUAGUAAACGCAUUCAUAGCAUUUCACUGUAGUUGCGAUGUUACCUAUUAAAUUCCCCUGUGGUAUGUAGUUAACAAGUGUCAAACAUGAAUGUGUCAGUACUACAAGGGAACUUAAUAGGAAACAUCGCAACUACAGGGAAAUGCUAUAAAUGCAUUUACUACAAGCUAUUUUAAUAAUAGAUGUCGCUAUAAUAUUGAGUGUGUUUUAUGAGGAAAUUCGGACUUGUUCGAAUAAAUACUUCAACAAAGUUGAGAAUAUCUCACUUCAAAAUUUCAUCUGUUGCAAUCUUUCAACAGUCCAAUACUGUACUAAUCAAUUCGAAACUUGAGUCAUUCUGAACAAUUAACGCAUUCAACAUUAUCCCUUUCACUCUUCCAUUCUCUCUUCUCGUUAACUCUCCAUUUCUCUCUUCAUUCCGUUCACUCUCAACGGCAGCAAGCAACAAGAGACCAAGCGAUUCAGUGAUUUUUUUCGUCAACACUUUUGAAGUGUCAAACACUGUGACUCACCGUUCAAACUGUGACAUUGAAUGCGAGCCGUUCGCGCAAUUAAUUCAUGUCUAUCCAGCAAUUCACGACUGUAUGCACUGCAGUGUUAUCACAUUUUCUGUCAAAAGUGCCUUCCAAAAGUAUGUAAGCUGAUUAAUCGAAAUCAGCGACUGCUUCAGUGUGGUAUUUGCGACAAAGUUGCAAGAUGUGCCGAAUUUCCGGAAGAUUUUCUCAAAUUUUUUGUGCCAAUAAAAUUCAAUGGAUUUUUCCGUACCAUCGAUUUUCGAAUGAAAUAUCAGAAACGACGUGUCAUUCUAAUGAGAGGUCGACUGUUUAAAAUUCGAAAUGCUGUGAAGCGAUUGUACCAGCAAGGCUACGUCGUUCAACGCCAAAAGAGGAACUAUUUGAAGAGAAAACGUGAAGCUAUCCGCCGUCAUCUGUUGAACGAGUUCUCAAAUGAUUACAUUGACUGGCUAAUUUCUUAUCCAUUGCGACGAUUGCAAGGGAUGCGCUUCCAGCAGAAAACCACGCUUCAUUUCCGAGCACAUUGACGAAGAUUCAUCGACACCACUCAUUCGACAAGUCCUACUGAGAAACGCAUCGUUAUCACCUUCAAGUUGUAGUCGCAACCGAAGCAGCAGCCAUUGAUGACAUCCAAAACACAAACACUUGCUCUCUAUCAUGAAAAGAAAUUUGUUCAUACGUUUAGAACUGUUGUACUUUUCGCUUAUCAAUCGGUUAAUGUGGUUCGAAUGUGGACCGAUUGUCUGGACACUCUCAAAAAUCAGCCAUAUCUGUUAUUAAUAUACCUUGUAGUAAAUAUCAGAAAAUUGAGAAAAUAAUAGUAUGAAAUUAAAGCUAAAAAUGAAAAAAACGAACCAUUUGUUGACAUUUAUAUGAAAUUCGCGUUAGAUCUUGGCUGCAAUUAUUGAUAUCGAUAUGAUAUGUGUCAAACCUUUAUUCAAGACUUGAGUUCAAAUGUUGAAAUGCAACUGAUUGUCAUUUUUCUUUUCAUCUACCUUUAUAGUCGAAUAUUUGUUAUUUCAAACUUUAGAAUACAGAAAACUCCAUCCAAGUUUCAAAGGAAAAAAAGGAAUGGGCGGUGAUUUUAAAUCGUAAAUACCCGAGAAAAUCACAUGUUUCUAUAUGUUAAAAUCUAAUCGAUGCAAUUUUUGGAAAUAUUACUUAAAUUAAUCCAUUCCUUAGAAAUGCAACAGUUGUGCAUCAAAAUAUGGAUCCAAACUAGAAUCGAAUCGAGGAAAAUCGAAAAGACGGUGGUGUUUUUAUUUCACAAGGACAUAUAGAUCUCAUUUUUAUUACCUACCUCAUUGUAAUUCCACGAAAUAUUUUCUUAAGUCUAGCCGAAAAUUGUCCGAAGAAAUGGAUUUCAUAAGAAAAAGAUGGUGUACUUUCACACAAUGUGAACCAGUGUCACAUGUCAAAGUGUUUUUUUUUUAUGAACCUCAUUCAAAGCUGCACUAUUAAACCCAAAAUAGUGUUUAUUUUCUCUCUUUCAUUUAUUAAUCUCCAUUUGUACAAUAACAAGAUAUUUUGGACUGUUCUUUUUCUCUCCACACCUUAUCAAGACCAUUGCAUACAAUUGUCUUUUUCCUACAGCUAAAAAUCGCUAGGAUCCGAUGAAACUCUG